AUGAACAUACGGGAGAGGCACAUCAAGAGGUGCAAAGGAACCAGAAAGUGGCUGUUCGCAUGGGAGAUGGACCAGCGUUUUGGGGCACAAAUAGGCGAGCAAAUGAGGGUUCGCAAAGAGGAAAAUGCUGAACUCUCACAGCGAGAGAUCAGAUACCACCCAGAGUUGGACAAGACGGAGGACUCGAAACAAUUUUUGACUUUGGUUGAUGACGCAGAAGAUGAAUCACAUGAGGAAGAAUUGGAGCGACUUUUCCAAUGUAUUGAUGACAGCGACGAUAGUAGCAGUUCCAACUCCGAAAGCAAGCGUAAGUCGAAGAAGAAGAAGUCUCAAAAGCAAAGCACCCCACCCAAGGCAUCAGCAAGCUAG